AUGGACACCAUUUUCAAUUCUACAAAGACUAAUCCAAGAGGAAUUCCUGAAGCACCAUUUGUUGAAAAUGUCGAAGAUUUCAUAAAGGAUCCCAAUGAUUUCGAUCUGUGCUUUAAUAAGUUUCAAGAAAGAUUGUCCAAGUACAAAUUCAUGCUAGAGUCUAAAAACAGCACUAUCAGGCAAUUAAAAUCUAGGAUUCCCGAUAUUGUAAACACUUUAAAAAUCUGCAACACACUGAAAAACAAACAGGAGCCUGUUGAAACUAGCUAUCAAUUGAAUGAAACCCUGUAUACGAAGGCAGUUCUUGAUUCUGGGGAAGACCUCAAGGUCGGUCUUUGGUUAGGUGCCGAUGUGAUGCUGGAGUACCCGGUAGAUGAGGCAAUUGGAUUACUGGGCACAAAAUUGGUAGAUUCAAAGGAAAAUCUCAGAGUAUCCACAGAGGACGUGGAAUUUCUGAGGGAAAAUAUUACAACAAUGGAAGUGAAUUGUGCAAGGCUGUAUAAUUGGGACGUAGAGAGAAGACAAGCUAUGAAACAAGCCGAAAAGGGUACAGAAAAUUUAAAGAUCUAA